AUGGCUUCGAGGUUGAUCCUAGUGAUCGGAGACCUCUUCAUCCCAGAUCGUGCACCAGAUAUCCCGGCAAAGUUCCGGAAACUCCUGACGCCAGGCAAGAUAGGCCAGAUCAUCUGUCUAGGCAACAUCACAGACCGAGAAACAUACGAUUUCCUCCGCCAAACAGCGCCAGAUCUGCACAUCGUCAAGGGAGACUUCGACACCGAAGCGACGAAUCUUGCGCUCUCGAAAGUUGUUCAACAUGGCGGGCUAAGACUGGGCUUCACACACGGCCACACGAUAAUACCGCAAGGCGAUGCAGAGAGCUUGCUGAUUGCAGCACGGCAGAUGGAUGUCGACGUGCUGCUCUGGGGUGGAACACAUAAGUUCGAGGCAUAUGAGCUUGAGGGAAAGUUCUUCGUGAAUCCCGGGUCGGCGACGGGGGCAUUUAGUACUUCGUGGCAGGCGAUUGAGGAAGAGCCUACACCGAGCUUUUGCUUGAUGGAUGUGCAAGGUGAUAACUUGAUAUUAUAUGUCUAUCAGCUACGGACAGACGAGCACGGGAAUGAGAAUGUGGCAGUAGAGAAAGUCUCGUUCCGGAAACCGAUGCCGGAGACAACAGCAGAAUGA